AUGGAUUCAAUUGUAUCUUGUGGAUGUGAUCGUCUCUUUUGGGUGGUUAUUAUGAUUUAUGUAUACAAUAUUCACCAUGACCGAAUUUCAGCUGUGCAGGUUAGUGUGGAUGGUAUGCUUUGCUGUACAAUUUCAAACGACCGUUCUGUGAAAAUAUAUGAUGUGGUCAAUUAUGAUAUGAUGGUCAUGAUACGUCUUCCAUUUGUACCUGCUGCUAUUGAAUGGGUUUAUAAACAAGGUGAUGUAAAAGCCAAGCUUGCUAUUAGUGACAGUGACUCCUCAUUUGUGCACAUAUAUGAUGCGCGAGCUGGUUCAAAUGAACCCAUUAUCUCUAGAGAGAUACACUUGGGCCCAGCAAAAGUUAUGAAGUACAAUCAUGUUUUUGACACGGUGAUUUCUGCCGAUGCCAAGGGAAUCAUUGAAUACUGGAGUCCUGCGACACUGCAGUUCCCAGAGAAUGGGAUGGGUUUUAGCUUGAAAAGUGAUACUAAUCUCUUUGAAAUUGUGAAAUGCAAAACAACUGUUUCUGCCAUUGAGGUGAGCCCAGAUGGUAAGCAAUUUUCCAUCACGUCACCUGACCGUAGAAUCCGUGUAUUUUGGUUUAGAACAGGCAAAUUAAGGCGAGUUUACGAUGAAUCUCUUGAGGUGGCCCAAGAUCUCCAGAGAAGUGAUGUUCCCUUAUACAGACUGGAAGCUAUUGAUUUUGGCCGAAGAAUGGCUGUAGAAAAAGAAUUUGAGAAAACAGAUAAUGUUCCCCAACCAAAUGCAGUUUUUGAUGAAAGCUCUAACUUUCUUAUAUAUGCAACCCUCCUUGGAAUAAAAGUCAUAAAUUUACAUACAAAUAAAGUUUCCCGAAUUCUUGGAAAGGUGGAGAACAAUGAUAGAUUCUUAAGGAUUGCGCUGUAUCAAGGUGACAGAAGCAGUAAAAAGGUAAGAAAAAUUCCUGCUGCUGCAGCAAAUGCCAAUGAAAGCAAAGAGCCUUUGACAGAUCCCACUCUCUUAUGCUGUGCUUUCAAGAAACACAGAAUCUAUUUGUUCAGUCGGAGGGAACCUGAGGAACCUGAAGAUGCUACCAAGGGAAGGGAUGUGUUCAAUGAAAAGCCUCCUGCUGAUGAACUUUUGGCUGUAUCAGAUUUGGGAAAGGCUGCUACGACAUCCCUUCCAGAUAAUGUUAUCAUGCAUACCUCUCUGGGUGACAUUCACAUGAAGCUUUACCCUGAGGAAUGUCCAAAAACGGUGGAAAACUUUACAACACACUGCAGGAAUGGCUAUUAUGACAAUCUCAUUUUUCACCGUGUUAUCAAAGGUUUUAUGAUACAAACAGGAGAUCCAUUAGGAGACGGCACUGGUGGGCAAUCAAUUUGGGGAAGAGAGUUUGAAGAUGAGUUCCACAAAAGACUAAAUGGUGAAUGCUGGGUUAUUGGUGGCCUUAAUCUUGCUGAAACUUCAAUUCGGAAAGUAAAGAUGCCUAUUUAG